CAGCACCCUGCUGCAUGUGGGUUGGGUGGUGUCCACCGUUAAACAGGAAAGAGAGGCAUUUUACAGAAAACUUAUUUAUGACCCCAUCACCUAGUCAUUAAAGCUGCCAGAUAAACCAAGAUGGAUGACAUUGAUGCCAUGUUCAGCGACAUGCUGCAGGAGAUGGAUCUCCUAACGCAGAGUUUGGGUGCAGAAGAAGAGUCUGCGCCUUUGCCUAAACCUCCCUCCAUUCCUGACCCUCAGCAAAUGAAUUUUUCCAUUGGUUUUACAGAUUUCAAUGCAUCCCUACAUGAUCUGGAAGACAAUGACUUGGAUGCCUUGAUGGCUGACCUGGUGGCAGAUAUCAGUGCCACUGAGGAAAAGUUUGCCACAGAAAAAGAUACAUUGAAGGGGUCAGCUCCAGUUGCCCCAAUACCCUCACAGCCUCAGGAUAAUUUUAGCCUCCCAGCAUCAACUGACACCUCAAGACAUGCAACUUCCUCCAACUCCAUUGCAGCUCCAGCUCCACCACCCGCCUCCAAACCCUCAAAAGAAGAACUAGAGGAACAGAUCAAAGCAGAUAAAAUCAAGCUUGCUUUGGAGAAGCUAAAGGAGGCCAAAGUGAAAAAGCUGGUUGUAAAAGUGGAGAUUAUGGAUGGCAGCUCAAAGACUCUGAUGGUGGAUGAGAGACAAACAGUCAGAGAUGUGAUAGACAACCUGUUUGAGAAGACCCACUGUGACUGCAAUGUGGACUGGUGUGUGUGCGAGACCAACCCUGACUUACAGACUGAACGAGGGUUUGAGGACCAUGAGAACCUAGUGGAGCCUCUUUCUACAUGGACAAGGGACACUGAAAACAAAGUGCUUUUUCAGGAGAAAAAAGACAAGUAUGAAGUGUUCAGAAACCCUCAGAAUUUUUAUUUGUGGAAAAAGGAUAAGAAAUCUCUAAAGGACAUGAAAGAAAAAGACAAAGAACAACUUCUGGAGGAGAACUUCUGUGGAGCCUCCGUCAUUGUGCCUGACCUGGAGGGCAUUCUGUAUCUGAAGGAGGAUGGAAAGAAAUCCUGGAAACAGCGUUACUUCCUGCUGCGGGCCUCUGGACUGUAUUACUCACCCAAAGGCAAGACAAAGGCUUCACGGGAUCUUGUGUGCUUGGUGCAGUUUGACAAUGUGAACGUCUACUACUGCAAAGAAUACAGAAUCAAAUACAAAGCACCAACAGACCACUGCUUCAUUCUUAAGCAUCCUCAGAUUCAAAAAGAAUCACAAUACAUCAAGUAUCUGUGUUGUGAUGAUGAGCGGACCAUGACUCUGUGGGUGACUGGGAUACGUAUUGCAAAGUAUGGUAAGCAGUUAUAUGACAACUACAAGGCUGCUGUGAGGAAGGCUGCAGGCUCUGCAACCUGGGCUAACCGCAGUCUCCAGGCCUCCUCCAGCGCAUCGUCACCCUCCCCUACACCUAAAGCCAGAGCUGCAAAUGGACACGCUCCUCAGCCUGCAGUGGAGACCAAGGGUUCUAGCAACCAAACAUCUUUUCCACCACCUCCGCUAUCAAUGGAAACCCUGCCUCCUCCACCACCUGACCCCAUGAUGCCUCCUCCUCCUCCUGCUCCUCCCAGCGCAACCAAAGUCAACAAGUUUCCUCCUCCUCCUCAGUUCCCACAAUCCUCCUUCCCACCUCCACCCAUGGAUGACCUGCCUCCUCCGCCACCUCCU